UCUCCCGAACCCUCCUCAAGGUAGUCUCAACAAUCCGGCGUCACUUCCCCUUUUUCCCUCUCUGACUUUACCUUGGUUCCUCACCGAACAGACCGUCCUCAUGGCAACAGAACCUCUGCAAUGCAAGACUCUGGUGCUCCGGGUGUCCAUCCACUGCGAGGGAUGCAAGAAGAAGGUGAAGAAAGUGCUGCAGGGCAUCGAUGGUGUGUUGUCACCUCUGUCUAGUCCAGUCUAUCUCCAACAUCUUCACUCUCUCUUCACUUCUCCAUCCAUCUUGCUUGCUCCUGUGAAAGGGGAUUUCCUCUCAUUUCAAAGAUUCGCCUCAUCUGAAGGCGUGUACAGAUGCGACAUCGACGCCCGGAGCAACAAGGUGACGGUCGCCGUCACCGGGAACGUCAGCGCCGACGCUCUGUUGAAGAGGCUCCGCAGGUCAGGCAAGCUCGCCCAGCCGUGGCCGGAGCAACAGCAGCAGCCGGCCGGCGGAUCCCAUAGACCUGGAGAAACCAAGAACGGCGCCAUCCAGCCAGACAAGCCCGGUGACACGGGCACCGCCCACAAGCCGGCGUCCGACGACGCGGAGACAAACGCCGCAGACCAGAGCAACUCCAAGGCUACCCCUGAAGAAGAUCCCAACAAAGUCGCCCGCGAGACCGCGAAGCCGGCUCAAGACGACACGGAGAGCACCAAUGCGGACGCCGACGGUGAUGACGCUGUCAAUCAUCGCAGCAAGGAGCCCACGGCGGAGCAAUGCAACGGCUCCGAGAGGAAGCGGAAGCAGCUGCGGCAGGAGGAGGAGAAAUCGGUCGAUGCCAUUGCUACGGUGGUGGUGGUGGCGGCAGCACCGGACCAAGGCAGCAAUACUUGCCACUCGCCACCACACCUGCAGCAGCAGCAGCCGCCCCCGGUGCACGUCCUGAGCUACAGCAUGGCGCGGCCGAGCGCAAGCGCGGCUUACUACGCCGCCGCGCCGGCGCCGGCAGCGCCAGGGGCGAGGUCCCUGCCGCCGCAGAAUCUCCCGUACACGUACCCACCGUGCUGCUACCAUCCGCAGCCGUCGCCUCUGGCGCCGCAGACGGGCGCGGCUUCGCCGGCGCGCUACUCCUACGGCGAUCUUUUCAGCGACGACAAUGCCAACUCCUGCAGCGUGAUGUGAGGGAGUUGUAAGAAUCGGCUUAAGCUUAAUUUACCGUGAAAUUAGUUCAAGCUAGUUGAGUCUAUCUAGGAUAGUUAGUAGAUUGUGCUACUAGUACCGUAGAAACAUCACAAGGUUCUGAUGUUCAUCAAUCAUCAGUCAUCACACGUUCAAGAUCGAAGAACUUUGUAAGGUGCGCUUGUGAUGACCCAACUUUGUAAAAUUGUAAGACCAUCGGUGUCUUGAAUUGGUCAGAUUUCUCUAUUUCAAUUUUCAUUUUAUUGUUA